AUGCCCGUGGAGUUUUCGGAGCAUCUGCAACCCAUACCCUUGUCCAAGACCAAGGGAAAGGUGCUGAGUGCCAAGUUCUUAGCGACAUAUUGGCCAAGAUUGAUUGUCAAAGGACAAGUGCUGCCGUCAUCAGCGCAAGAACGCGUUAAACCAAAUAGCAUGAGGGUGUCCACACAGAAGAUGAUACCGUGGGACUGGUGUCACAGCGUCAUGACAACGCUCAACCACACUUUGGACGAGUCAAGUUUGUGCUUAGACCCCAUAAUGUCGCACCACAGUCCCUGUCUCCCGGAUGCCGGGGCACCAGUAACAGCUGACGAUGGCUUAUGGGGGCUCACGUCGGGCUGGACAUCAAAACACUGCCUCUCACAACCGAGCCCGACUCUCUUCACUCGCAUAUCCUCGCCACUCGUGGAUUCCUGGUUGGAUUCGACGUUGACUGAUCAAUGA